AUGAUUAAAUGUCUUUUCUUCUUUUUUUUUUCUUUUCUUCUUCUUUUUUUUCUUUUCUUUUCUUUUUUCUUUUUUUUUUUUCUUUUUUUCUUUUCUUCUUUUUUUCUUCUUUUUCUUUUUUUCUUCUUUUCUUUUUUCUUUUCUUUUCUUCUUCUUUUUUCUUUUCUUUUUCUUUUUUUUCUUUUCUUUUUUCUUUUUUCUUUUCUUUUUUCUUUUCUUCUUUUUUUCUUUUCUUUUUUCUUCUUUUCUUUUUCUUUUUUCUUUCUUUUUUUUUUUUUCUUUUUUCUUUUCUUUUCUUUUUUUUUUCUUUUUUUCUUUUCUUUUUUUCUUCUUUUUUCUUUUCUUUUUUCUUCUUUCUUCUUUUUUCUUCUUUUUUUCUUCUUUUUCUUCUUUUCUUCUUUUCUUUUUUCUUCUUUUUCUUUUCUUUUUUCUUCUUUUUUUCUUUUUUUUCUUUUCUUCUUUUCUUUUUUUCUUUCUUUUCUUCUUUUUUCUUCUUUUUUUUUCUUCUUUUUUUUCUUCUUUUCUUCUUUUUUUUCUUUUUUUUUUUUUCUUUUCUUUCUUUUUCCCUUUUUUCCCUUUCUCUUUUCCUUUUUUCUUUCUCUUUUCCACUCUUUUCCUUUCUUCAUUCAAUACAAGGCUCAAGAGUCACUCAGAGCAGAGGCUUACUGUGAGUAUCUGACCUCUUUUUCCUUCUUUUUUUACUUUUUCCUUCUUUUUUUACUUUUUCCUUCUUUUUUUACUUUUUCCUUCUUUUUUUACUUUUUCCUUCUUUUUUUACUUUUUCCUUCUUUUUUUACUUUUUCCUUCUUUUUUUACUUUUUCCUUCUUUUUUUACUUUUUCCUUCUUUUUUUACUUUUUCCUUCUUUGUUUUUUUCCUUCUUUGUUUUUUUCCUUCUUUGUUUUUUUCCUUCUUUGUUUUUUUCCUUCUUUGUUUUUUUCCUUCUUUGUUUUUUUCCUUCUUUGUUUUUUUCCUUCUUUGUUUUUUUCCUUGUUUUUUCCUUCUUUGUUUUUUUCCUUCUUUGUUUUUUCCUUCUUUGUUUUUUCCUUCUUUGUUUUUUUUUUUUUACUUCUUUCCUUCUUUUUUUUUUUCCUUCUUUACUUCUUUCCUUCUUUACUUCUUUCCUUCUUUACUUCUUUCCUUCUUUACUUCUUUCCUUCUUUACUUCUUUCCUUCUUUACUUCUUUCCUUUUAUACUUCUUUUUUUUUUUCCUUCUUUCCUUUUUUACUUCUUUCCUUUUUUACUUUUAUACUUUUAUACUUUUUCCUUCUUUUCUCUUUGCAGGGUCGAAAUAUCUUGCUUGAUGUGGAGAAGACAGUGGCCAUGCGACGACGGGAGGAGUACUGCAAUGGCUAUGUAUUCACAUCACGCCCAGUUCGCAAUGAAGUCAUUGUCCUGCAAAUCUUAGCCAUUGACAGAUCCUAUGUAGGUGGACUAGCUUUCGGUUUCACAACUUGUGACCCUUGUUGCUUGACUUUUAAUGAACUCCCUGAUGAUGCUGACCAGUUCCUUGAUCGUCGUGAAUAUUGGGUAGUGAAUAAAGAUGUGUGUAGAAGUCCUGAUGUGGGUGAUGAGCUCAGUUUUCAUCUUACUCCAGAAGAUAUCACGACAUCUGAACUGCAAAAAGACAUCAAGAAAUUAUCUGUGUCCGAGGAAGAGGAGGACGAAGGAGAAAAUGGUGAAACUUGUAAAGAAAGGCCAAGAGUUCCUCCUCCAUCCCCUCGGCGUUUCUUAAGCUGUGUAGAUAUAGAACCAUCUACAAAUACUGACAGAAGCAGUGAUAGUGAGACCAAUGAACAAUGUUCUACUGGAAGUGAUGAACAGACAAGUGAAGUUCGUUAUGCAAGAAACACAAGUAAGAUGACAACAUUGAUGCAUGUUGACCCAACUCUUCCACUGUGGAUGUUUUUCGAUGUCUAUGGCAAUGUACAGAAGAUUAAGAUACUUGGUUCUGCACACCCAUCGCAGAUAAGACGACUACGUCCAGCCUCUGCCUGCCUAGGGAAUGGUAGUGGCCUGACUGUGGCCCUCCCUCCUCGCCAGUGCACAACACCGACAACUCCUACCCCAUACCAUUCUCUCUCAGCUAGCUGGAUUUCUGUUGUUUUCUUUUUAAAUCAAUUUCUCUUCAAGAUAAACAUUUGUUGUUUGAACACUUCCAUCCUGGAGAUUGAGUGGAAUUUUUUUUUUUUUCCUCCAUCCAAUCUGUCCUUCACUCUUUUCUUUUGA